GGCUCCGUUCAUUCCUCCGCUCCUUUUCUUCCUCAAACAACUUCAGCUCCGGUGAUUCAGAAACCCAGCUUACAUUCCGCAGCGCAUCUCACUCAAGCCAAGUUGCUCGUUGAGUCCGGUCAAGCCUUCUUUGAAAAAGGGAUCUGAGUCAAAAGACUGCCAAUCGACAUAUUGGGAAAUCUCUCAUCAUGAAACUUCAUAUUUUCCUCGCUCAUUUGGCGAUGAUCGUCGGGAUUAUCGCACAAGGUGUGACCCAACAGAUCGCCCCUGAGGGCGGGCUGCCCGACAAUUGCGUCGGUACCAGAAACGGCAAGUUUCAAAUUUCGAUUUCGCCGCUCGUCGCUCCUGAUAAAAAACGCGACCUGGACCUCCAAGCGCGCGGUACCUGCGAUGCUGAAGGAAUCCUGACCUUGGAACUCAACAACACGGUCUUGACUGACUCUCAUUCACGUACCGGAUACAUUGCCUCAAACUAUCAAUUUCAAUUUGACCAACCCCCCCAGUCGGGCGCAAUCUAUACUGCCGGCUUCUCUAUCUGCCAGAACGGGUCUUUGGCUUUCGGCCCAUCCACCAUCUUUUGGAGGUGCCGCUCGGGCACCUUCUGGAAUCUGUACGACCGCUGGUUCGCGGAGCAAUGCGAACCAGCGGAAGUCGUGGUUUUGCCCUGCGUGGAGAAUCCCACGCCGUCCGCCGACCAGGGGAGUGUGGUUGGCACCCAGGUAGUGACGACAACGAUUGUCUCACCGCUUGCAGAUGGACAGCCGCAGGUAGUCACGACCACGACGGCGAUUCUCAUCUGCCAAAUUGGUGAUGGUCGGUUCCUCGUUCCGUUUUCUGCCUGCCACCACGUGAUGAGACAUAUCAGACUGACGAGAAACAGGCCAAAUUCAGGUGCACACAACGCCCUGCGGAGCCGCUGUGACCACCCCGAUGGUCACGUACACCGCCCCGCCCGUUUCUCAAGGCCCCGAUGGGCAAAUUCAAGUCACUGGGGUGGGUUCGCAUACCACGUCGACCGAUCAGCCGACAACCACCUCCGGUCCUGUUGGAGUACCGACCAGCGCUCCGCAAGUUGGCGCCGCCAACCGUAUUCGGGGUCGUGUGGUGAGUGGUGGGGUGGUUCAAACCGCACUUGCGGUUGGCGUGGCAAUGGUAUUCUGGGUCUGUUGAGUUGGGGGAAGCCAAAGGAAUUGGUCAUGGGAAAUGUUUUGCUUUUAAAUUUGCGUCUCGUGCUCUUUUCUAUGGGAUUGAUGGGACCAGGAUCGACACCGGCAGGGAGUUACAGGGGGGUUCUCGGUAGUCAGAAAUCUCAUCGCUGGUCCCAACAACAUGUGAUACCAUAACGGGAGAAUGGCUGACUUGCCGGCGAUGAUAAUGUGGUCGACGCGGUUUUGAAGUUCAGGUUUACAUCAACUACUAGGACUGGAAUGGCGGCAUGACAUGACACAUACGACUUUCUCGAGAACUCAUUG